AUGCUUCGGUUUGGGUCUUCUCGGUUAAACCAACGGUAAGGUUUUACUUUCUUUUUUGAGGUUUAGGUGUGGCAAAGGUUUGAAAAAAAGCCCCAAAUCUAUUUUUAACUUUAACGUUAAGUUUUUUAAAUGUCAAAGCGUGGGAGGUCUGGUGACAUAGAUAAUAUGCGAUGAUUACAAAUUAAAAAGCUUUACCUACAAAGUAUAUCUCUGGUUUUAUACAGGUUGAUCGUCCGAUAUGCGACGUAUUUACCGACUGCAGCUACUUCAAAACCGGGUUUGAAUUCUAUUGCCCAUGCUCGAUUUCCACGACGUUCUACUGGUCACAGGGCGUCUCCGGCUUUGUUGUCUGCUCUGAACCAUCAGAAGGUGUUGAUUGAACGACACAGGGAUGCAGUUGAAGCUUUGGAUACCUCUAAUAUUUUUAACUUAACUGAUGGGUAAAUUUUAAGCAUUCAUGUUAUUUUUUGGCGUUUUAUGUUAUGUUAUUUGCUGCAAUUAGAAAGUUUAUUGUUUUUGAAGAUUUUCUUGUUUAUAUCAAUAUUUUAAGCAUUUAUUACGGUUUUUAAUGUUAAUGUGAUGUUUAGGAUAGAGUUUACUGAAUUUAUUGGCUCAUCAGUUUUGAAUGCGGUUAAAAAUUUGGUGAAAACUGACGAAAGUAAGCUGAACUCAUUGACUGAUGCUAGAUUGUCGAUAUUGUUGUCUGUUGUACAAGUAAAGUCGGAGCUUAAUGUGGAAAAAGCAAAACGAUCUGAGUAUCUUCAUUUUAUAUGGCCAAAGAUUUUGUCUUCUGAAAGUAAGUAGUUUUGCUUAUGUUUUUUGGUUUUAGGUAUGACCGAGGAAGUUAUUUGAUAAAAUGGGUUGAUUUUGGCUAAUUUUGUGAUUACUUCUAACAUUAUCUGCUCUUAAUACUCAGUAAAUGUUUAGAUUUUGGUAUUGAAUCAUUGAAUGCCUAUUUGGAGUCAAAACUUUACUUGGGAGAGACGUUUUCUUUGACUGAUGUGUUGGAUAUCUUGGCCGAGAAGAAGAUUCAAGCUAACGGACAAACUUACGAAUGUCUGGUGGCUGAAGCUAAUGUCCAAGGGAAUCUACAGGCUAUUUUGUAGGUUUUUAGUUAACGAACAAUUGGUUGCACGUUCUUUUAAGUUAGAAGCUGAUUUCGGAACUUAUUUUAGAUGUUUUUAGGUUUUGUCUAAUUUUUUUGAAGUUUUCAUAGACAAAUUUUUAAAACAUGGGCAUGUUAGGAUAGGAGAAUGUUGUCGAUGUCUUUGAGAACAACAUCGUUAGGUAUCAUACCUAAUUUUCAGUGAAAUCAUCAAAGAAAUGAAGGCCAAUAACUGCCCAUUGUCUCAAAAAGCCAUUGAGAACUGGGUGGAAUGUUUGGCUUUGAAAGAUGCGAAAAAGGACUUUAAAGCUGUUAUCAAUGCCUUCAAAGCCACGCUGGAUCCUUUCCGGUUGUACAUGUCAGCAGCUGUUGGACUAGCCAGGGCUGGGAAGGGCUUAGAAGCUACUUCUGUUCUUAUUGAUCUACCAUCAGCUGAAACCAAGGCUACAGAAAGCAACGUAGACAUUGUGUUAAAGUUGUUCAUUUGUCUGGUUGAUAAUGGAGUUAAGGCAGCUGCUGAUAUGGUAUGUCUUUUUAUUUGUGAAUUUGAUUUUUAGGUAACAAUUUCAAUUUUUUUAAAACUUUUGAAUUUUAGGUACGACAAUAUUUACCAGCAGAGCGUCUAACCUUCCUAAACCAAGGUUUAUUGCGUCGUGAAGUUCUGAAACUGUUGAAGGAGAACAAGCCGAUUGAAAGAGUGAUAGAGAUGAUUGAACUGGUCGAAGAAGAUAAAGCUGUCAAAUAUGGUCUCAUCAACUACGGGUCUUCGCUUUUCCUUGAUGAAUAUGAUGACACUUUGAAAAAGGGACUUAAUGUCGGUUUUUUGAAAGAUUUAAUAAUUUUUAAGAAGUAAAACAUAAAAAGCGAAAAAUGUAGUUUAGGUAACAAAUUUUUAACUUUAGGUAGAGAGUUUUUAAUUUUAGGUAACAAACUUUUUAUUCUAGCUAACAAAUUUUUAAUUUUAGGUAACAAUUUUUUGAUUUUAGGUAACAAAUUUGCAAUUUUAUGUAACAAAUUUUCAAUUUUAGGUAAACCACGUAACAGAAAAAGUGUUGCUAUGGACAGAAGCUCUAAGAAACAGUGGACUAAGCGAAACGCCUCUAGCUGAUUUGAUAUACUCAGCCCAAGUUAAGCAAGCUCCAAUCAAAGACUUCUACAAAAUCUUUAUACAUUCAGAAGAAGCCAAGAAUUUAUUGUCGGACGAGAACACGCACCGAGCUCACAUAUUGGUACCACUGCUAAAUGAAAUUGCCAGGAAGGUAAGGGUUUGCUUAAAGUAUAGCUUUAUCGUGUUAUAUGGCUUUGUCAUAUUAGUUUGUUUAAAUAAUUCUGGGGCUUCUAACUCCGAAAAUUUGCAUUUUUUGGGGAGCACAGGAUUUUUUGAAAAGCUUAGGAAUCCACUGCAGGCUUAAUUCUAUAGCUUUUUUAUGGUUUUGGCCAAAACAGAACAGUAAAUGUAAUCAUAUAAGUCAAAGACCAAAUAAAGAACGUAAAAAACAGCAUCAAUAUUACCCAUGUUUAUAAAAAUGCAGUUUUAUACCCAAAUUUCAUGGAAAAACAAAACUUUUGCCAAAAGUGAAUUCAAACGGAAAAAGGUUUAAUUCGCUUUUUGGAUAAUAGCUGAUGGACUGUUACGUACCAGGACGCCAAAAAAUAUUUUUAAAUUUAAAUUUUGUUUUGGUUAUUUUACAGAAAAGUUAGUGCACUUUGUCAUCUUUGAACGUUUGUUUGUAGGCUUUUAAACUGAUGAGUUUAGGCUUAUUUUUGAAGGAAAUUAAGGGUUUUUUUCAUAUUUUGUUUAAGACCGUUAUUAGGAUACUUGAUAAAAUUAUAGUAACUAUUAGGGUAAUAGAUAAAGACAGGUUCAUUAUUGUAAAUAGUAGUAGACGCAGGUUUUUUGGUGGGGCAUGAAGAUUAUUAGGGGUAGAUUUUCUUAGGGUUUUUGUAAAAAAUAAUUAAGAGUUGUAGAAAAGUCUUUUGUGUGUUGAUUUUUUAAAACUGUUUAAUUGAUGCCUCUGAUAUUAAUUAAUGUAUAAUUUCAGCUACCAGAAUCUAAAGUAGGAGAUCAAGUGUUCGAAGACUUGGUUUUCCUAAUCAAGAACAUUAACGUAUCUCAGAAUAUAUCAUUGGUCGAAAAGUUGGCUGCUAAAGGUAAGCUUUUUUUUUGAAUGUACGGUUAUCGUCACUUCAUUACUCCAUAAAAUGUUCAGCUUUCCGUCAUUGCUACGUUGAAAGUUAUGAAAGUGCAAAGUUUUUUGUAAGAAAUUAGUGUGAUAUCUUGGUUACAGGGACUUCGCUACGGAUUUUCUCUGGGGGAGGGGAAGGUCGAAAAAAAUUUUCGUCUACAGGUAGACGUGGACUGAUUUUUCAAAAAUUUUUUUUUCGUUUUUUUUUGCGUAGAGGUACCUUACCCCUUUCUCCAGACGACGUUCCUGCUUGGUUAUAAGGACAGAUUUGGACUAUCACUUAAUUGUUAUACUAAAGAGGUUUGACUGUAAAUACUAAAGCUUAAGUUUAAUACUUACAUUGUUAAAGUUGUAAGGCCGCAUGGUCAAAGCGGCUGCUUUUAUUUUUUUAAGAACUUUAUGUACUUCUUCAAUCUUUAGUUUUUGUAUCUAAUUUUUGCAAAAAAAUGACAUUUAUUUCUGAAAGCCGGAAGUUGAAAUGACCAAAACCUUCUUUUAUUACCUAAAAAAGUAGACGUAAAAGAAAGACGGUUAAAAAAUGCAUGAACUGUACUACUGAAUGGCCGAGUUUAUGUGGUUUUGAAUGGAGGUCAAAGUAUUUUUGGCUAGCUUUUAUAUUAAAACAUUGUAGUGAAUAUUAUCCAUUGAAGAUGUCUUACGAAUAAGUCUUUUGGCAGUGGCUGCUUUCAAUUUAAAAAAAACAUGAAGGGUGAGGCUGGCUUUGUAAAUUUUGUGAGGGCAAUAUAUUAGGUUGUUCAAAUAAUUAUGUGCUUUCUAACUCUAAAAAUUUUUUAUGAGGAAGAGCAGAUUUAUUUGGACAAUACCUUACUUGCCGUUGCCUUGUGACAGAUUUUGAAACGUUAAAACAAAGUACUAAAACUAAAAGUCAUAAAAGUACAAGAAGGAAUUGGGCCUAAUCGGUAAAGAAGCCUUUACUUUAUAUUACACUACUUCUGGUUCAGUAAAUUUAAAUUGAGAAGAUGUUCGUUUGAGCAUUUUUUGGAAUGGCAUUUUGCAGUGAAAUCUUUUUAGUAUGAUUCUCGAUAGUGUGAUGCCCUCUUUUUGUAAUAGGACUCCUAUCAAAAAGUACCUGGGUAGUGUGACACCCUGGUUAGAAGGGCAGGUUUGGACUAGUCUCUUGUGUGGCUUAAUCUCUUUGGUGUGACAAGGGACUGGUCUAAACAUCUUCUCAUAGCCAGGCUUUCACACUACCCAGGUACUUUUUGAUAGAGGUUCUGUUACGAAUAACAGCUAAAAAAUGUCAUUAUAAGGAGGGUGUCACACUAUUGAAGGUUAUAUUAAAGAGGUUUCAUUGUAUUUACAAAUUUUACAUUAGUUUCAUAAUAUACAGUACAAUAUAGUCUAUGUUUUUUUUUGUAAAAUACGUGUUUUGCUUUUUUUUAAAUUUUGAAAAGAAGCAUGUUGAACAUAAACAGUUUUUAUCCUCUAGUCUUCCUAUCUUUUUUCCUUAUUUUGAAUCAAAGCCAUACUCAGAUUUUACGGCCAAAAAGGAACGGCCCAACGUGCCAUUUAUUACCCAGCGUUAAUUGCACGCCGGCUCUUAAAUUUACCGCUUUUAUUUUAUUUUGAAUGAAGUUCCGCCCGAUUUGGAUGUGUUUUUGAUAGCCAGACAGGUUUUAAACGGAGGGAUAAACAGCAUAAGUAAUUGGUUCUGAAAAGGUGCCAUAAUAGGAAAGAGGGGUUUUGACAGAAUUGGAUGAAUAUUGUUAUAGGUGGUUGGUUAUUUGGUUGGAGACCAAAUAGGUGUUUAAUCGUUUGGUUGUUUUGGAAUGAGUGUGAUGGGAAAUUGUAUUUUAAAAAUAAUACCGGUUUAGACAGGGCUGGAGUGAGUAAGGUAGAGCGGGGUGAGUUAAGGGGAUAGUAAUUAGGGCCGGUUAGGAUAGAGUAAAGUAGGGCAAGGUAGGUUAAAGUAUGGUAUAAUAGGGCAGUUUGGAGUAGAGUACGGUAAGAUACAGUAUGUUAGAGUGGAGUAGAGUAGAUCAAGGUAGUGUUGGGUAGGAGAGUAGAGUACGGUAGAUUAGGGAAGGGUGGAGUAGGGCUGGGUAGAGAUAUGCAAGAGUGCACUGCACUAUUAAAAACUAUGAAAAUAUGAAUUUUAGCCUUUUGAUGGCAUUUUAAAACGUUUGAAUUUAGGUAUCAACUACAUAAAAUCAGUGAUUGCAAAAACAAAUCAGCCGUUUGUCAACAGUGCGUUAGUAUACAACAUGUUAAACUAUGAACAAUUGGAUCGUCUCAAGGAGCUGAUGACAGUGUAGGUUUAGAACAUAAAAUUUUAUUUUUUUUUGAUUUUUGAAUUUUUUAAAAAAAUUUAAAUUUAAAAAAUAUUUUGAGAUUUGUCAAGUUUUUAAAAUUAAAUUUUUUUAAUAAGUAAUGCAAUUUUCAGGACUAAAGACGAAAAGGAGAUGAAGUUGGUGAUCAACAGAGUCAUCAACCCAUUAAUGAGGAUACUCAAGUCCAACAAGUUUGAGGAGAAAGAUCUGUCAACUAUCGCCAAGAUCAUCUCACUUGGCUUUAACUGUGGGUUUUAAACUAACUUUAGCAUUUUUUCCAUUUAUGUUUUUUGGGAUAAUAAUUAUGUUUUAUGUUGUUUGUAGGUAUAGUAUAUAUUAGUAUUGUCAGAGCGACACAAAAAAAUGUUUGUCAUCUAUUUUUUGAGCUUUAUAUGGUCAAGAACGACAAGACUUUUGUGACUUUUUUGUAUAAUUAUUUUGUAGAGAUAAGUAAUGUUAUUCUGUUUCAGCCGGCGACAAACAAGGUCAAACACCGGGCGGUGAGGCUAUAGCCUCAAUCCUGGCCGCUUCAACGAUUCCGGAUAACCGAGUGGAAAAAUUGGUCAGGCUGCUGGUCGAUGAACCUAAAGUUACUAUCGGAGGUGGUGAAGUAAGGUUUUUAUCAGGAUUUUGAGGUUUUUGAUUUAAAAUUAUUCAGACGCCUCAAAAGGUUUGGCAAUGGAUUUUGGUCUUAAGUUUAACUUUCUAAUUUAAUCCAUUUUUAGAUCACAAGAAUCGAAGCCAAGCUGAGAGAAGUCAACCUACCUCAACGUGCCGUCCUAAUCAAAUACCUAAAACGAAAGUCCACCGCUUACCAACGAUGGCAGAACACAGAGAGACUGGAAGAACUAAUAGAAGAAUCCGAAAAGCUGGAAGCCACAAAAGACGUGCCAACUGGAGUGCUGGUCAGCCUCUACGAAGUGAUAUUGAGAAAAUCGGUGGAGAAGAAGGAUGUGGACACGAUUGUCACUGUUCUGCCAAGGUUUUACAAAAAAGAAAAGGAGGACCAAAGCACAAAGAUCUUCAAGGUCAAGAUCUUCGAAGCUCACAACUACGCUUUUGUCGAGAAUUUGAAUCGGGAGGCUUGGGAAGCGGCCGACUCGCUUUGGAAUAUGAAGUGAGUACUAUACCUCUAAGCAUCUUUUGGGCAGCUUUAGUGAGCGUGUACAUGUUCUUUUAAUAAAUCUUUUUUUUAAAGCAAAGCCUAACAUAAUAUUAGAAAAAAUGGGAAAAAUAUAAGGAUGUUCAAUUAAUUCUGUGCUCUCUAUCUAUUAAAGCAAAUUUUUGAGCUUAGGGGCACAGAAUUAUUAAGACGAUUUAGUAGUUAAAUUUCAAUUUGCAGACCCCUACGAAACGUAGAAACUGUUCUACUGUACGCUUUAACACUAUGUAGAAGACAGAAGAUUGAAGAAGCACAUGAAGUUCUCAAGACCAUAAAAGCAGCCGCUUUGAAUCUGCAGCCUUAUAACUUUAAUAAUGUAAGUAGUGCGCUUAAAGUAUAGUAUUUAAUUGGUUGGCAAUUAUUUUACAACACUUACAUAGUUACCUAAACGAGGUUUUUGAGGUUUUUUUAAACAAAUUUUUUAGAGGGAUAAAUGAAGUCUUGUCGUUUUUUACAACGUUUUGCGCGGUUAAAAGCGACAUGACUUUUUUUUGAUUCAGUGAAACUAUGUAUUCCUUGGCUUUUAGAACAGUACUUGUCUAGAAUGAAAGAACAUAUACAUUGGCCGGUAGCUAUUUAGAGGAAAAUGAAUUUACACGGAGAACUCUUCUUGUCUAGGAAUAUUUAGCGUACUGUAACUUGUUAGCUAUGGUCAGCAGAUUGUGAAAAUAGUUUUUACUUUUUAUGAUCUUUUAUCUUAUAUGAGCCAUUUGCUAAACGCCGAGGGAUAGUUGGUGCACUUUCCUCAUAAGAGCAUCGUAUUGUUCUUGGAACUUGCUGAAAUAAUCUUUCAGUAAUUUAAACAUGAAAUAUUCACUUAGUUUUCAAUAUAAUUUAAGAUCGCCGGCUCACAAGUAGUGAAAGCGGCCGAGGAAUCGGAGAUCGAGCAGUUCUUGAAGUUGCUAACAAAAGAGUUCAACAUUAAGUCAGCGUGGAAGGGACGCCUGAAGGCAGAGGUCAAAAUGAACAAGCUGAGAAGUUUAAUCGAGAAGAAACAACUUGACGAAGCUUUCAAUUUGUCAGUUGAUACCUCAAAGGAAUGUGGAUAUGCAUUUGGAGCUUAUGAACUCAUGAAUCAGGCUUUGGAGGUAGGGUUUAUUUUAAAAUGGCAUUUUUUGAAAAAUUUAUAUAAAUUUUUAAAAAUUAACUUUCAGAUAGAAGAUCAAGCCCUGAUCAAGAAGCUGAAGAACCUCAUCAUCUCAGUCGAAGACAUCAACACCUUUGUCAUCACUUUUGGCGUAUGUUUGCUGGAAAGAGGCGACAAGAGAGGUGCAGAGCUCCUAAAGAAGAAGAUAGAGUAUAUUCCAUCGAAGAAGCUAACAGAGCUCACAAAACGACAGGUCGGUUUGAAGAAUGCAGAGAUCAUGCACCUCUUGUUUAACAUAUUCAACAAACCAGAGAACUCGGCGUUGGAGCUGGAAGAUUUGAUGCGAAAUGCCGCGGAUUUGUAUGGUAAGGAUAAUAUAUAAGGAUAAUGUAAAGUUAAGAUUGUUAAAUAGGUUUAUAUAUUUAUAUUAGGAUGGUUUUUGUAUUGUUUUGGCUAUUAUUAGGUUUUUCAAAUAAUUUUGAGCUACUCUCAAUGAAAAUUUUCGGGGUUAAGGGGCGCAUAAUUAUUUGAACAACUUAAUAAGUAAAACUUGAUUUAAAUACCGACAAUUGUGAAAUAAAAGCAUUUUUUUAGUUAGUAGACGCUUUAAAAGACUUUUCGUUAAUUUACUUUGAUCAGCGAUGUCAUAAACGACAAGACUUUUGAAAAGCUUAAUAAAAGCUUUAAAAAUGAGAUUUUCAGAAAUGUUUAUUUAAUGGAGGUAUAGUAGAACUUACAGUAAUGAUAAAAAAGCCCUAUAAUUAUUUUGUAACACAUAACUCUUCGUAUAAGUUAAAGUAUUACCAUCAAUAAGGAACCAACAAUUCAAAUUGUUUUCAGAACGCCAAAGCAAUUUGGACGGCUUAAAACGGCUGUAUGAAGAUGCCAAAUCCUCUUCAAUGCCCUUGAAUGCCAAGAUUAGAGUGCAGUUCGAAAGUUCAAUCAAAAAAGUAAGUCUACGGUCGUUACAUUGUAAUAUGGUAUAUAUGAUAUCAAAUAUAGUAAAGCUUGGCAAUAAUUUCCAAAGUUUUGAUAAUUUGAAAAGAUAAUAAUAUUAGUACGUUCACAUAAUUCUGUGCUCUCCGACCCAGAAAAUUUGCUUUGAGAGGGGCACAGAAUGAUGUGAACAAAGUAAUAGAACAGCUAUAAUAUUUUUUUUUCAGCUAGAAUCAACCGCCAAGCCUUCAGAAGCCCACAAAGAGCCAGUAGAAGCCAAACUGUAA